CCUAGAAGUCCUCCAGUUGCAGUGGCACAACGGAUAUCUGGAUGAGGAUCUUGCUCCCGUUUUAUUGAACCCCGGCACAGGUUCUGAUAUAACACCAUUUCCUCUCCGAUCCCUGAUGAAGCUCUCCAUACUUUCCAGUGCAUCUCAAGUCUACUGUACCAUGCGCUCUAUCUCCGACCUUUGCAACCUGACGUCCUUGGAGAUCAAUUUCGUCGUAUUGGGAAGAGACGCUGCCGUGCCACAAGCCAUGGCCGCUGUUGCAGAUGCACUCUCGAACUCUCCGAUCCGAAAUAUUGGUGUCUUCUGGUCUGAGAGCUACUGCCCAGGCUUACUUCCAUUUGACGCGCUUCGGCCCUGGUUCAGAUUUCGGGCUCUGGAGGUACUUUCCUUAGAACAGUGCCCUCACCCUUCCUUCGACGAUGCCAUGAUCGCCGAGCUCGCGAGAGCUUUUCCAGGCCUCCAUGUUCUAUGCAUGUACUGGGAGCGACCACUGUGGAUAUCUAUUGGAGCCGAAUGGGAUACCAACGUUACGUUUCAAGGGCUCUCCGCCUUGCUCCGACACUGUCCUAAGCUUAAGAAGCUGACUUUGGCUGUUGAUGUAACGGAAGGGAUGAACCCGAACAUUGAAUCGAGUCUUGGGGGCAUCUUUCAGACCGAGCUUACUACAUGGGAGGUGCGCGACUCGUUGAUCAGCAGGAUCGACAUCAAGUACGUUGCGCGGACGCUAUCACCCACGAAGAAGCAGUAG